AUAAAAAGAAGGGGCGAAUUGUGUUGGUACUUGGCCGUGGCACACCGUAGCGUAACCGGGUUUCUCCUAAUUCCUUGGCUUUGCGGCCACAGAUACAGUGACAUUUUGACGCAAUUUCACCACUCACGAUGCCUCCGGGAGUGAGACUUUCAUUUUCAUCUCAGCACGUCAACCGACGUAAUGGUGCCGAGAUUCGCGUUGUGAUCGCCGGAGACAGUCAAACCGGUAAAAGCUGCCUCUUUUUUAGGGCGCCUACAUUUCCCCAUUGUGAUGGUCUGUGGGUCAGACUCAUCGACACUUCCCGUAUUGAGGACAGUGAUAGAGUUGAUAAACAACUAAAGCUGGCUGACUCAGUUAUCCUCACUUAUGCAUGUGAUCGACCUCAAACACUUCAAAAUCUAACCACUUUCUGGCUCCCUCGUCUUCGCCGAUUACAUGUCAAAGUUCCAGUUAUAGUGGUUGGUUGUAAGCUUGAUCUGCGAGAUAAAAGUCAGCAGCUCAGCCUAGAACGGGUGGUAUCACCACUAAUGCAACAGUUCCGCCAGAUUGAAGCAUGCUUGGAAUGUUCAGCAUUUAGGCGUAACGAGGUAGUUGAAGUUUUCUUCUUUGCACAAAAGGCUGCUCUCUAUCCCAUGUCUCCUUUAUUUGAUCGGGAGUCACACACUCUAACGCCUCGAUGUAGGCGGGCUUUGAAGCGGAUUUUUAUCCUUUGUGACCAUGACAGAGACGGUGCCCUUAGCGAUGCUGAACUGAAUGAUUUUCAGGUUAAAUGUUUCAAUGCUCCUUUGCAACCACAUGAAAUUAUGGAUGUAAAGAAGGUUGUGCAAGAACAUUUGUCUGAAGGUGUGAAUGAACAAGGCAUCAUGCCUCAUUUACAUAAAUAUUGA